CUCCCAACGAAAAAAUAUUUUCCCGCAGGAACUGGCGGAAUCACGCUCAUUUUUUUUCACCGGCUAUAGUACUGUUUAUAAUGAUGUUAACAAGGAAAACUAAAUCGAAAGUUACGGCUCACAAGAACGUGGUAAGUGCAAUUGUGACGCUGACUUGUUAUCAAGAUAUCCAAUUGAACGAAACAACGAAAACGUCGAGACAACAACAAGAAGAUGUCAUGGUCAGGCUAUUCAAUUCGGCGGUGUAUGCGGGGUAAUAACAAGAUCAAUGGCAAAACUAUUUAAUAAUCGAGAUUAUACAACGUCAGAGAUAAUUAAACCUAAUAAUCCAUCAGCCAUACACAACUCAAUUGAUUCAGCUUCCUUUCCUGGGACUAAUCAAGGUCCAAUAGUACCAAAAACCACCACCGACCAAUAUCCACCGGCAACGACAUCUCCAUUUUCAUUGGAUAAAAUCAGAAAUGGACAACAAAGUGAUGAAUACAUUCAACAGAAGAUGCACGAAAUCACUUUAAACCCAAAAACGGAUUCGAUCAUCAAAGAUAGCAUUGUGUAUAAAUGUCUGAUGAGAAACGGUCAUAAAAUUCACGUCCCGUAUGUGCCAACAUCGAUGAUUCAGCAGCUAUUGUUCCAUGCUCACGAUCAUCCGACAGCAGGCCAUUUUGGAAGAGAUAAGACUUGGAAUAAUUUGAAAGAUAAAUGGUAUUGGCCAAAAAUGUACACCACCAUUCAGCAUUACAUCAGGUCGUGUGAGAACUGUGCCAGAUUUAACAUCAGAAGAGCAAAACAACCUGGCCAACUACAACCAAUUGAAGCACCGGAAGGUGUAAUGGAGAUGAUCGGCAUUGAUUUUUGUGGACCAACACAAGUAACAGAAGAGGGCAAUCGAUAUAUCAUUGUUGCCACUGACUAUCUAUCCAAAUUUGUUAUUGCAAAAGCAGUACCAGACUGCUCAGCGACGACUGCAGCGAAGUUUCUGGUCAAUGAAGUGGCAUUCAAAUAUGGCAUCCCCAAUCAGAUUCUGAGCGACAAUGGCUCACAUUUUGUGGCCGAAAUAUUUGAGCACGUAGCCAAAUUACUUGGUUGCAAUAGAAUUUUGGCAACUCCGUACCACCCACAAACAAAGUGGCAAGUAGAAAUAUUCAACGCCACAAUGAAGUCAAAAUUAGCUACAUUACAAUACCAACACGAGAAUGAUUGGAACAACUGGCUCUCAUCAGUGAUCUACGCUUAUAAUAAUAGUCAGCAUUCAACUACUGAUUUUAGCCCUUUCCAGCUGAUGUUUGGUAGGAAACCAAUCAUGCCCUACGAACCCGGCAAACAUCAUUUUGCCUUGAGAAAGCCGAAUGAUUAUCUUGAACAUUUCCACCAUCAACUGAAGAUCCUACACACAGCAGCACGCCAGAAUACCCAGCAACAACAACAAACAAUGAAACAACGAUACGACCGCAAUAGACCCAAUAUUCCAUUCAAAGUUGGCCAACUUGUUUUUGUUCGCAACCCAGGGGCGAGCAAAUCAGCAUUUGAUCAACAGUUCAUUGGACCCUUUACUAUUAUUCAACAGUUGGGUCAACAAACUUUUGAGGUUGAAGACUCAUCACAACAAACAAGGCAAGUCCAUUCCAACCAACUGAAACUCAUGUUUGAAUGA